AUGGGCACACGCGGGCCCUAUGCGCUGGUGGACACCACGCCGGCCAAGACCAUCUUGGUGUACCGCAAUGGGGACCAGUUUUAUGUGGGCCGCAAGUUCGUAUUCUCCCGGCGUCGCGUAGCCAACUUCGAGGCUCUGCUGGAGCAGCUGACCGAGCAGGUGGAGGUACCCUUCGGUGUGCGGCGACUCUACACGCCAACGCAGGGCCACCAGGUGCUCGGACUGGACACGCUGCAGACCGGUGGCAAGUACGUGGCUGCGGGCCGGGAGCGCUUCAAGAAGCUGGACUAUAUUCAUAUAGUUCCCAGAAAACCUUCAAAGAUGAGAAAGUUGAAGGAAAUCAAGCCGGUGGUACAUUGUGAUAUCAACGUGCCUUCCAGGUGGCAAACACAGAGCAGGACAUCCCGAUACAUAAAUGUUUUCACAAAUGGAAGAUUAUUUAUCCCUCCUAUCAAAAUUAUUAUACCCAAAUUCAGCCUAUCAGAUUGGAAUAGCGUGCUGGCCAUGAUUGGAGAAAAAGUCUUCCCUCUAGGAGGAGUUCGAAAGUUGUUUACAAUGGAUGGGCAUCUUUUGGAUGACUCAAAGAAGUUGCAAGACAAUUAUUUUUAUGUUGCUGCAGGACUGGAGACUUUCAAAUCCAUUCCUUACUGGAAGUCCUCAUGGGUCCCCAGUGAGGUCCAGCAGAGGUUUGGGGGCAAUGAUAAAAGCACACAAACAAAGAAAAGAGUGGAGUCCAAAGUAAAAGAACCUCUUCAAAAUGACAGCGUACCACCUAAAAGUCAGGAUUCUGUUUAUUAUGCCAAAGAGAAAAAGCAGAUGGACACAGAACCUUUAAUUCAAAGUGGUGCAGAAGGUGAUGUCUAUAAAGCCCAGACGCCUGCUAAGGAGGCCCAAGAAGCACUGGAAGUCAAGGAGGACCCAGAGGUGAAGGUGGAGGUGCCAGUCGAUCAGGCACCAGCCGAAAUUGUUAAAGAAAUCGAUGAGAUAGGCGAUAGCAGCCCUGGUUUGGAAAGCGGCAUGCAUCUCUCAAGAACUUCUGCAAGAAUAAAGAGGUGGUUCCAACGCCUGAGAAAAAACAACAUGACAUUCUAGAAGAAAAACCCAC